CGCGUUUACACUUUCAGACUUCAGUACGCUUUCGGAUGCCGCGCGUAACGGAUGUGUGUCGCUUGAACGAAUUUUCACACGUGCGUAAUAAAAAAAAAUUGGAAAUUAAAUCAGUUUGUGUUAAUUGUAAAUUAUUGUUUAUUUAGUAGUGAUUAUUUUUGGCCGAGUUUACAUUUUUUUUAAUUUUUUAACUGAUUUUUGUGUGAUUAUUUGGUUUCCUUAGUACAGUGGUGAGUUUUUGACGUUUAUGACUGGCUUUUGGGCGGAUUUUAAGUGAUUUUCGCGUUUUAUCAGUUUAUGCUGGUAUUAUGGACAAGAAAUCACUUUAACAGAUAAUAAAAGUAUGACGUAACACCGAAACACAGACAAAAAAGAAAUCGCUUCUAUAACCAUGCCAAAAUCCAUCACAAGAUAACCGGUACAAACCAAGAUGGCGUCUGACCAAGACGAUUGGCUAGAAGACAACACCCUGUACAAUGUGUCGAGAUACCAACCGAAUCUUCCAGAAGAUUCACUAAACUACAAUUUGGGAAAUGUAACGCAGCAUGAUUAUUCAAACUUCACGUCGGACGACUAUUGUGCGACGAAUUUUUCACACGUAUAUCUGAACGUUACUUGUGAAUUUCCCAUCAAUUAUGCGGAACCUAUGUAUGGAUAUAUCGCGCCGUUCCUGCUAGCAACAACCACGGUCGCCAACACCCUGAUAGUGGUAGUGCUGUCCCGGCGGCACAUGCGCACGCCCACCAACGUGGUGCUGAUGGCCAUGGCUCUGUGCGACAUGUUCACCAUGCUGUUCCCCGCGCCAUGGCUCUUCUACAUGUACACCUUCGGCAACCAUUACAAGCCGCUGAGUCCCGUCACUGCUUGCGAGGCCUGGCACUAUAUGAAUGAGGUAAUUACUUUUAUCAACGUGGUGCUGGUGGCCAUGGCUCUGUGCGACAUGUUCACCAUGUUGUUCCCCGCGCCAUGGCUCUUCUACAUGUACACCUUCGGCAACCAUUACAAGCCGCUGAGUCCUGUCACUGCUUGCGAGGCCUGGCACUAUAUGAAUGAGGUAAUUACUUUUAUCAACGUGGUGCUGGUGGCCAUGGCUCUGUGCGACAUGUUUACCAUGUUGUUCCCCGCGCCAUGGCUCUUCUACAUGUACACCUUCGGCAACCAUUACAAGCCGCUGAGUCCCGUCACUGCUUGCGAGGCCUGGCACUAUAUGAAUGAGGUGAUCCCCGCCAUGUUCCACACGGCCAGCAUCUGGCUGACGCUGGCGUUGGCUGUCCAGCGGUACAUCUACGUCUGCCACGCGCCCGUCGCCAGGACCUGGUGCACGAUGCCGCGUGUGAAGAAGUGCCUCAUCUACAUCGGUGUAGCGGCCUUCCUGCAUCAGCUGCCGCGGUUCUUUGACCUCAAGUACGUGCCUCACCGCACCGUGUGGCGCGGACACAUCGAGGAAGUCUGCGGGGUCGAAAUGUCAUCGUGGGUACACGCCGUGACUCCUGACGCCUACUUCAUAUCGUACUUCGCAUUCCGCGUACUAUUUGUCCAUUUGAUCCCUUGCACCUCUUUAGUAGUCCUCAACGUGUUACUGUUCAGGGCAAUGCGGACCGCCCAGCUAAACCGUCAAAAGUUAUUCAAAGAGAACCGAAAAUCCGAAUGCAAACGUCUCAGAGAUUCUAACUGCACGACAUUAAUGCUUAUUGUAGUCGUUACUGUAUUUUUACUGGUUGAAAUACCUGUAGCUGUUGUGACCAUCUUGCAUAUUAUAUCUAGUACUUUGGUAGAGAUUCUAGACUAUCACAUUGCGAAUAUACUUAUAUUGAUAACGAAUUUUUGUAUUAUCGUGUCGUAUCCUAUAAAUUUCGCCAUAUACUGUGGCAUGUCGAGACAAUUUAGGGAGACGUUUAAAGAGCUUUUUAUAAGAGGCGCUGUGACGAGUAGAAAUGGUGGGUCGAGUAGGUACUCCCUCGUCAAUGGCCCUAGAACGUGUACUAACGAAACUGUGCUUUAAAUACUUCAAUAUGUAUAUAAAACGAAGGUUUAUUUGUCUAUGUAACUUCGAUCUGUAUAAAAUGUGUGUAAAACGAUUUAUUUAUUUACGUACACUAUUAUUUAAAGGCUGUAUGCUCACCGAUCUUUGCCUAUCAACAUAAAGAAAAAAAUAUACUGUUUGUCUAUUGUUAGCAAUAAAAUUUUUAGACACAUACAUUCAAUGACACGAUAAUUUCUAUUUUGUCUAUGAUUUAAUGCUUUUCUUCACUACACAAUAAAAAUAUUGUAAUCUAUAAAUAAUUGGUAAUGUUUAUGUAAUAAUUUUAAAUAUUAAAAGAUACUUUUUCGCGACUGUGCGGUUACCUUAUCAAAGAGUAACUUUGAUAACUUUUUAAUAAUUAAAUAAAUAAAUAUGUUUGUUGUCUGUGUAUUUUAAUGUAUAUUUAUUGAUGAGCUAGUCAUACAGUCCUUAAAUGGUGAGCCCCCAUUUAGGAAAAGUAUCUAUAUUUGUGUAAAUAAUUCUAUUUUUAGUCUAUGAUUAUUAUUUCCUACUCCUGUAUCUAUGACUUGUAAAAUAAACGAAGUAGAUGUUGUAAAGUGACUGUAAAUAAAAAUGUACGGCAAAAUUUUUAUCAAAAUCUGAAUACUGUAUAACCUAAUUUUAAAAUAAUAUUGUAAUUAAGUUAAAAUAAUAAUUAAAUUAAUAAAUAUGUACAAUUCUGAAAGAGUAGAAUUUAAUAUGCUUUUUGUGUUAAGAACACUGCAAAAAGUAGUAUAUUCUAUAAAAACUGUAAGUAGAUAAAACGUUAGAUUACUUAGAUAGAGACUAAGACUUCUAAGGUGGAAGCACACUUUAAACACGAAAUGUGACUAGUUAAAAAAAACGCGCAUUAUAAGAUAUUAUGAAAUAAUAUUAUUUCUAUGACCGAAUCACACUACAAACACUUUAUAUCAGAAUAAUUAUAUAGCUUUUCAUGUUUAAAGUAUGCUUCCCCCUUUGUCUAUUAAAAUUUUGUUUUCUAUUCAGACUUUCUAAAAAAACAAGAUUAUUUAAAUUAAUUAUUAUAUGUAAAAAAACGAAAAUUUUAUAUGUUGUAAAUGGACCAUGGUGAAUUAAAUCUAUGGUUUAGCGAAUCCUUAUUACUAUAAUAAAAAAUUAAAUUA